AUGAGGAAAAAAUGUUUUUUUCUUUGCUUUAUACUUCUGACUGUGAUAACAAACCAGAUAGUACAUGGGCAAAACAGAAGAAAAGGAAAGAAUAUUUACUCUCAUGUGCUAAAAGAUGAAGGUGAUGUGUGUCUCAUUGAUAUAGCCUUUAUCAUAGACAGUUCAGAAAGUGCCAAAAAUCAGUUGUUUGAUGUACAGAAGAAUUUUGUUCAAAACAUAGCUGUCAGAAUUUUCCAGAUGAAGCCAGUUAAGUCUCACAUGUAUAGUGUCAAACUAGCAAAUAUGCAGUUCAGUAGCACAGUCAGCAUUGAUCAUCCUUUUACAGCCUGGAAAAAUGUCCAGAAUUUUAAGGAGAAAAUCAGUUCUCUGGGCUUUAUUGGCCAAGGCACUUAUUCCUAUUAUGCAAUUUCAAAUGCCACUCAUCUGUUUAAAACUGAAAGUCGUAAGAGAAGUGUGAAAGUGGCUUUUUUGAUGACUGAUGGUGUGGAUCAUCCAAACAGCCCUAAUGUCCAGGGUAUAGCCACAACAGCUAGAAGUCUUGGGAUACAUUUUGUUACCAUUGGCCUUUCUAAGAAAGCAGUCCAAGAAGAAAAACUGCGCAUGAUAUCUGGUGAUUCAUCCUCUAAACAUGUCCUGUGCCUGGAUGAUCAGAAUCUGGUAGUUGAUGUAGCAUUGGAACUGGAAGCCUUGCUACAGAAGCAGUGUGUGCAGAAGACCUGUGAGUGUGACAAGGGAGUAAAAGGAGACAAAGGUGAUUGGGGUAGCAAAGGGGAGAAAGGUGACCCAGGACCAAAAGAAAACAAGAGUGAUGCUCAACAAGGAGAUCAUGGAGAGAAAAGGGAAGACGGAGCUCCUGGCUACAAGGGAGACAAGGAUGAAAGAGGAGAAUGUGGGCCCCCAGGACCAAAAGGAGAAAUAGGUUUGCAGGGCUCUGUGGGCCCUACGGGACCUUGGGGACCUCAGGGUAUCAGGGGAGAUCCAGGUCAGCAAGGUCCAAAAGGCAUGCAAGGAAACAAGGGAGUACAAGGCCCUCCAGGUCCAUAUGGUCCUGCAGGACCCUCUGGUAUUGGAGAUCCAGGACCCAAGGGUGCUGAAGGUCGAGAAGGUAGAAAUGGAUUGCAAGGACCUCCUGAAAUUGGUGAGUCAGGAUUACCUGGACCACCUGGCCCUCCUGGUUCACCAGGUGAAAAAGGUUCAACAGGACAGGGCAUUCAAGGUGAUAAAAGUGAAAAAGGCUCUCAAGGUGUCCCUGGUUCUCCUGGAGAUAAUGGUGAUCAAGUCAAAGGUGACAAGGGUGAACAAGGCCAAGUAGGACCACAGGGACCACCAGGAUCAGGCCUUCAAGGAGCGCAAGGUAUACAGGGUCCACCAGGAAUCCCUGGGCCAAAAGGCUCUAAAGGUUCUGGUUGGCCAGGACCAAAGGGUGAACCAGGUAACACUGGACAAAAAGGAGAACCAGGACUUCCAGGAAUUAGCUCAUCAGGAUGUAAAGGUGAUACAGGUCUACCAGGACCCCCAGGAGAGCAGGGGGUGAAGGGAGAGAAUGGGCUGGAAAAAGCAAAAGGGGAAAAGGGAGAUGAAGGCCCAGAAGGACCCCCUGGCAAAGGAUUUGUAGGUCAAAAGGGUGACCCUGGAGAAAAAGGAUCCAAAGGAAUGAUUGGUCUUACAGGACCAAGAGGCCAAGCUAGACCACAAGGUGAUCUCGGAAAGUCAGGACCCCCUGGUGCACCUGGAUCAUCUGUUUGGGGACCUCCUGGACCAAAGGGGGAUCCAGGACACAAGGGUCCACCGGGAGAUGAUGGACAUCCUGGAAAUUGAAUAAUGGGACCAACGGGAGACCGUGGAAUUAAAGGUGAUCCUGGGCCGCCAGGGCCUCCAGGAUGGGGACACAUGGGUCCCAAGGGUAUUAUGGGACGUAAAGGCUUGUCUGGUCUACCCGGCCUCCCCGGCACCAGCAUACAAGGAGACAAGGGAGAGAAAGGAAGUAAAGGUUUUCCUGGACCAAAGGGAUCAAUAGGAACUGGCCUUCCUGGAGAAAAGGGAGACUAUGAAGAUAAAGGUGAUCCGGGGAGCAAAGAUGCCAAAGGAGAGAUUGGAGACCCAGGACCUCCAGGGCCAAAGGGAUCUGGGGGAAGAAAAGGUGAACUUGGUCUUUCAAGAGAAGAUGUUAUCAGACUUAUCAAUGAAAUAUGUGGUUGUGGUAUCAAAUGUAGAACAACGCCUCUGGAACUAGUAUUCGUCAUUGACGGCUUGGAAAAUGUUGGACCAGAUAACUUCAAUAUUAUCAAAACCUUUAUGAAAACAUUCAUUGACAAGGUUUCAGCCAACCAUGCUUCAACCCACAUUGGCAUUAUCAACUUCAGCCACAGAGUGGACCUGGUGUCUUCUCUGAAGCAAUACACAAGCAAAGAGUCCCUGAAAUCAACUGUUGACAAGAUGCCCUACUUAGGAGAAGGCACGUACACAGCUUCUGCUAUCCAAGAAGCCAUUCACUUAUUCCAGGCAGCACGCCCGGCAGUAAGGAAGGUGGCUGUUGUAAUAACGGAUGGACAGGCAGACAGUCGUGAUAAAGUACAGCUGGACACUACAGUAAGAGAGGCCCAUGCUGCAGAUAUUGAGAUCCUUGUCAUUGGGAUUGUGCAAAGGACUGAUCCUCAUUAUGAUGACCUCCUGAAAGGAAUGCAGCUCAUUGCAACAGACCCUGAUGAAGAACAUGUUUACCAGAUAGACGACUUCAUAACACUUUCAGUUCUUGAAAAGAAACUGAUCACAAAAAUCUGUGAGAACAAGUCUGCAGAGUACACCAGAAAAUACAAUAUUUUAUAUCCUUCUCCAAGUCAGGAACCUGAAAUUGCCAAGAAAGAUGCUAAUAACCUGUUACCUAAAAUGACCACUUCAGAGAUUGAUAUGCUUCCUACAGAAGGAAUUAGUAACCCACGUAGUCCAUCACAAUCCAGAUACACUGAGUCUCUGCCAUCUGCUCAGGACCACAAUGUGACCACCUCUGCUCACAGAGAAUCAAUACUUCCCCCAAUUUAUAACAUGUCUGAAAUCAGACCCCUGAGUCCAGUUGUCAAUCCUUUUGUUGGUGGAACUGCUACUGAAGAUCACCAGCCAGCUGCGUGGCAGAGGUAGCAAGAGCCCGAAAAAGUGAAUCCAAGGUGCUUGGAACCUAUGAAACCAGGGGAUUGUUGGAACUACACGGUAAAAUGGUAUUAUGACAAGGUUGGCAAUUCUUGUGGCCAGUUCUGGUAUGGAGGCUUUAAUGGUACAAACAAUAGAUUUGAAACUGAAAAAGAAUGUCAAGAAACCUGUGUUGAUUGA